AUGUCGCGUAGGACAAGGCAGCGCCGACGUCCUGCAGUUUCACUGCACCGUGUUGCCACCCUUUCACUUGUAGCUUUGGCAGUAACGAUCCCUUCCGUGCAUGCAUCGACCUCUGGGACUCAGUCUGCGCCAUCUCCCCAGUCUAGCCUCAACCCGACCACCUCUAUCGCCCAAGCUGUGCAGAGAACACGCAGACCAUGGCUCACUGCUGCCAAAGACCACUUUUUCGACACUGUCUCUCGCUUCCUGUCACACGCUCUGCCCGACCCUCGUUACUUCUCUUACGAUUUAGACCAAUUCGACGAUGACCACUUGCCGCCUCUUGAAGAUCUACCUCUGGACUCCGGUAGCAUUAUCGACGGCCCAGGUCUCAAUUGGGGAGGCAGCACGCUCGAAGUUGUCCGUUCUCAAGCUAUCUUCCUCACCCGAUCUGCCGCUUUCGGACCCCGCGUCACAGAUGAUGAAGGUCUAAAAGGAUUCUUGCUACCCAUCUCCGACUUUUACAAGGUACCCAAAAAUGCACGCUUCUUCACAUCCGACGCGAGCGGCGAUCCGAUCCACGCAUGCCCAUACAAGGGUGGUCCCGGAUCAAGACGUGACGCCCUGCCCAGCAAGUAUGAAGACGAGGACGAUCGAAAGCUCUACUCUGCGCUCAUCAACGAAGGUUCGACACAGGCACCGUUCACUUGGACCCACGAACCUGAGCACAACGGUGACGCUGCUCCCAAGCCUCCUCACAACUGGAUCGCCCUUGUUGAGCGCGGUGGCGGAUGCGGGUUCGCCGACAAGGCCCGUGUUGCUCAGGAUCUCGGAGCUGUAGCCGUCGUUGUUGGAGACGCGCCAAGUCCUGGCUGGCACGACGGUCGCUCGGGUGAUCCGAACGAAGAAGGCGAUCCUGGUUUGAGCGGCAAGCGUCUCAUCACCAUGUUUGCUCCUGGCGACACGAGCGAUGUUUACAUUCCCUCCACCUUCGUCACUCGUCCCAGCUACCUUGAUCUCAAGCGUCUCAUUCAAGAAACAGAGAAGGACCAGGAAGACUGGCAGAGGCAGCACCCAUCUGGUCACGAUGGCGAGGGUGCACCCAUGACCCGCGGACUGGAGAUUGUCAUCGGCAAGGACGACCUUGUUUGGGAAUGGCCGUUGAUCGACUUUGGUAUCCUGCUCUUGCUCUUGCCCAGCUUCAUGACAGUGAUUACCAUCAUUGUGCAUCGUAUCCGUAUGGUUCGACAGAGACGCAAGGAGCGUGCUCCCGAACUCGUUGUACUUGGACUACCUUGUCUCAUCUGGAGGGGCAACGGUCAGCCAUGGGAGAAAGUCGAGGGUCCUGAUGUUGACCCCGGACCGGGCAAUGGCUCCUCUUCCUCUGACAAUGCCUCGCAGCCCCAACCUUACGUCUCAGACGAUUUGGAAGCGGGUCGAGCUGGCGAAACCAUUCCUCUCCUCGCCGAAGACGAAAACGGUGCCGGCCCAUCACAGCGAUCCCACACCUCUGUGAAGAUCCCAGACGAAGCUGCACCAGCAACAAAGCCCGUCAACCCUGCAUCCUUCCUUCCACCUGGUCGAACAUAUUUCAGCACCGACGAGUGCGCCAUCUGUCUCUGCGACUUUGUCGAUGGUGAUCGAGUGCGUAUCUUGCCCUGUGGUCAUAUCUUCCAUAGACAGGAAGUGGAUGAUUGGUUAGUCAGGGUCAAGAAGCUCUGUCCGAUCUGCAAGAGGGAUAUCACGGUGCCUAUUCCUCCGGCGCCUCCUGUCGGCGUUUCGGCUUCUGCGGCCGCCUCGCCAACGGCGGCAGAAGGUGUUUCGGAUGCUGCGAUACAAGCUGAAGCAGUGGCUCCAGCAGCACAGGAGGAGGCAGGAGAUGUUAGUCAGGAUCUCACUCAGAACUUGUCACGAUGA